AUGCAAAUAUCUCCCUUCCCAGGUUCAAACUCAGCAGAAAAUAAAAGGCGAAGAGUAACUAGAGCUUGUGAUAAUUGUCGUCAAAAGAAAGUUAAAUGUGAUGGGAAACAACCUUGUAUUCAUUGUACGGUUUAUUCUUAUAAAUGUACUUAUGAUCAACCCAAUAUUAGAAAUAAAAAAAACAGUGGUAUACCAAUACCUUCUCAACCAUCAGCAACUGUUUUAGCAGCAGCUGCUGCAGCAGCUGCUGCUUCUCAUUCUCAUAUAAAUGAUGAAGGAUUUCCAAAUAAUAAUUUGGUAGUAAGUCAAAAUAUCUUAAAUAUUUUAUUACCAAAAUUAAAAUUAAAUAUAUUUGAUCAAAAUUUUAAUUUUGAUUUAGAAAAAUUUCAAAAAGCUUAUCAAUUCAUUGAAUCCAAGAAUUCAAAUAUCAAUUUAAAUGAAUUAUCGGAAUUAUAUCUUGAACCAAACUCUAUACCGUCUCCUAUAGCAUCAUCAUCCAAUAAUAAUCGUCAUGAUAGACAAUCUUCAGUACUGUCAAAUGAUGAUGGUUCAAUUGGCAAAGAAAUUAAAUUAUAUUUACCUAGUAAGGAUAUUGCAUUACAAUUAAUCUAUAUCACUUGGAAUAAAGCAUGUGUAUUGUUUAGAUUUUAUCAUCGUCCCCUGUUAUUAGAAGAAGUUGAUUUAUUAUAUUCUCUUGAUCCAUAUAAUUAUGGUGAUAGACAACAAAAAUUCUUACCCUUUUUAUAUUCUAUUUUAGCUUGUGGUUCAUUAUUCUCAAAGACAAAUGAUAGUUCUCCAAAUCAUAAUGAAAGUUUAGAAGAUGAAGGAUUUAAAUAUUUCUUAGAAGCCAGAAAAUUAAUUGAUAUAAGUAAUGUGGGGGAUAUAAAUUCAAUUCAAACUAUUGUGAUGAUGAUUAUGUAUUUACAAUGUUCAGCUCGUUUAUCAACUUGUUAUUCUUAUAUCGGUAUUGCGUUAAGAAGUGCUUUAAAAGAAGGAUUACAUCGUAAUUUACUGAUUUUCCAAAAUUCAAGACGAAAAUUAGAUCCCAUUGAAAUCGAUACUAGAAAAAGAUUAUUUUAUACCAUUUAUAAAAUGGAUAUUUAUAUUAAUUCUUUAUUAGGAUUACCAAGAUCUCUUAAUGAAGAUGAAUUUGAUCAAGAAUUACCUGAAGAAUUGGAUGAUGAAAAUAUUACGAGAAAGGAUUAUCUUUAUGAUAAACAAGAAGGUCGUGUAAGUUCUUCAGCUUGUGCUAAUCAACAUACUAAAUUAAUGUUAAUUUUAUCUCACAUUGUUAAAAAAUUAUAUCCUAUUAAAGUUAAACUUCCUACCAAUUCAGCACCUUUAACUCCUGAUAGUAUUCAUACUAAAGUAACUGAAUUAGAAUUUGAAUUAAAGAAUUGGUUAGAUAAUCUUCCUCCUGAAUUAAAACCAACUGAUCCUAAUGAUUUCAAUUUAAACAAUAAUAUUCCUGAAAAAUUCUUAUUAGCCAAUUAUUACUUACAUUUAGCAUUUUUGAAUUGUCAAAUCAUGCUUUAUAGACCAUUUAUUCAUUUUAUAAGUGAUGGUGGUAGACCAAAUAGUAAUACUCAAUCAACUGAUCCAAGAUCAUUAAUUAGAGGAAGAAAUUGUAUAAAAGUGGCACGUUUAGUGGUUAAAUUAGCUGAUAAAAUGAUUGCAAAGAAUUUAUUAGUGGGAACUUAUUGGUUUUCAAUGUACACUAUCUUCUUUUCCAUUGCUUGUUUGAUUUAUUAUUAUCAUUUUGCAAAUUAUAACAAUAAUAAUAAUAAUAGUAAUAGUCAAACCUUUUCAAGUGGAGCAAAUUAUGCGGGUGUAUUAUUUGAUGAUGAUUUAAAUAUAGAUAUGAUUAAAAAGGAUAUUGAAGUGGGUAGAAAACUUUUAGAUCAUUUAAAAACUAGUUCCAAUGCUUCUUCAAGAAUAUAUAAUAUCUUGAAUACUUUAUUUGAACAAUUGAAUAGAAGAACUGCUACUACUUCAAGAUUUAGAAGUACAAGAUUAAAUCAACAAUCCAUACCUAGUACUAUUUCUGGUGUUUCUGGAGUAGAAGCUACAUUUAAUAAUUUUGAUAAAAUGAAUAACUUUGAAAAUAAUGAUGCCAAUGGUGCAAAGGAAGGCGAUCAAGGCUAUAAUGCAUAUGCUCAACAAAAGACAGGUUCUGAUAAGAGAGAUUCUUUAGGACAAUUGUUCACUGAUACUACCUUAGCUACAUUCCAAGCUAAAACUCCAGAACAAGCGGCUGAACUUUUAGGUCAUACAUCAUCUGAAAGUCAAUCAUUACCAGUGAUAGGAGAGCCAAAUCAAAAUGAAAACAUUGAUACUCAAAGACAAGAUGAGUUUGGUAAUAAUUAUAUGCCAGGUCCAUUUGAUAAAUUAGAUGCUCAAAUAUUUGGCCGAAUCCUUCCUCCAUAUAUGUUAGAAAAGAAUGCAUCAAGGACAACAUCCAUAACUGGUAUUCCAACUGGAUUAACUCCUGUAUCUGAUGGAUCAAAUCCAGCCUCAGUCCGUGCCCAGUUCACGCCUAAUCAUCCACAGCAACCACAACCACAACCACAACCAAUACCUAAUUUAGGUGAUCCAACUGCACAAUUAUCCCAUUUAAAUUUAGAUUCGUUCGAUUUCUCAAGCCUUGGUGAUCCAAACAAUUUGGACUUUUUAGACCCUUACAGCUCAGUAUAUAGCGAUUUCAAGAAUUAA